UGAUGAUCAGCAGAUCAACCUGGAAGACAAACAGGGUGAGUGAGUGUGGAACACGUUGUCCUUUACCUUGAAAACGAGGUUGAAGUGAAGUGAAACUGUGCACAGCAUAAUGGCGAGUGUGCUGUGCAGGAGGGUUAGACAGGUCAGCCAGUCGUCUGUGGUUCACACACUGCUUCAGAGGAUCGUGGCUGUCAGAGGGUUUUCAGCCGCAGGUUCUUCUGGAUCAGAUGAGCCCUAUAUAUCUGUACCAUCUCAAAACUCAGGUCCUACAACAGUAUGGCCAGAUGAGAUGAUGGGUCCGUUCGGGCCUCAAGAUCAAAGGUUCCAGUUGCCAGGCAACGUGGGUUUCGACUGUCACCUCAAAGGUACCGAGUUACAGAUGAAAGUCCCGGUCCACCGCACGGUCCCGGAUGUUUUAACCACCCCGUCUAGUGCAGAGAGGCACGAGUUCAUACUCGCACAGUUCGUCAAUGAAUAUCAGGGUAAAGAAGUUUCUCUCAUGGCACAGAGAGUCAGUAAAGCUGAACACUAUUUCAGUCAGUCAAAUGUGGAGUGUUCAAUGCAUUCCUGUCCAGAGCUGCUGAAGAAAGAGUUAGAGCUGUUUUUCCCAGUGAUGCCUAUGAGUCCCAUCACUGUCGUCACGGUAACACAAAAGAACCAGUUGGGAACAGAGGAACUGAACAGAGAUCAGGAGGAACUACUGGAUCACUUUGUCAGCGGUGCUAAAGAAAUCUGCUUCACUCUGUGGAGAGGAGGAUACUGGGCUGAUUUCAUCAAUCCAUUGUCAGGGAAAGCUGUAAGUACCUUUUUAUCUCUUUCGAAACAGAUGCUUGAACUCGGGGUACAUUUACACGACAACGAUGUACGAAAAAACAGAACGUCUUUCAUGUUUCAUAGGGGUGUAACGAUACGCAAAACUGACGGUUUGGUUUUCCCAUGGUUUUGACGUAUUCGGUUU